GGGCGGUGCGCUGGGCCCCGGGGCCGCCAGGGGGCGCCGCUCGCCGCCUCGCCCGCGCGCUGCGCCGCCGCCGCUGCCCUCUUGGCGCGGGCGCGCUCGGCUCCUCCGCUGCUCGUGACCCCGGGGCGCAGGGGGGCCCGCGUCGCAGCAGCCGCCGCCACCGCCGCCAUGGGCAAGAAGCACAAGCGGCACAAGGCCGACAAGCGCCCUUAUGAAGAGUACGUGGAGAAGCCCCUGAAGCUGGUGCUGAAGGUGGGAGGCAGCGAAGUGACGGAGCUGUCCACGGGGAGCUCGGGGCACGACUCGAGCCUCUACGACGACAAGGCCGAGCACGAGAAGCACAAGAAGAGGAAGAAGAGGAAGAAGGGAGAGAAGCAGCCGCCCGGGGAGGAGAAGGAAAAGAGAAAGAGGAGAGGAAAGGAGGAUAAAAAGAAACGAGAUCGGGAACACCUGGAGAGUGAGGGAGAAAGAGAACUGAGAUGUCAGACUCCUGUGAGACUGGAAUUGCCACCAGAAAAACCACUGGCAAGUACUUUAGCAAAACAAGAAGAAGUAGAACAAACACCACUUCAAGAAGCUUUGAAUCAACUCAUAAGACAGCUGCAGAGAAAAGAUCCAAGUUCAUUCUUUUCAUUUCCUGUAACUGACUUCAUUGCUCCUGGCUACUCCAUGAUCAUUAAACAUCCAAUGGAUUUUAGUACCAUGAAAGAAAAGAUCAAGAACAAUGGUUACCAAUCCAUUGAAGAAUUAAAGGACAACUUCAAACUGAUGUGUACUAAUGCCAUGAUCUACAAUAAACCAGACACCAUUUAUUACAAAGCGGCAAAGAAAUUACUGCACUCAGGGAUGAAAAUUCUUAGCCAGGAGAGAAUUCAGAGUUUGAAACAGAGCAUAGAAUUCAUGGCUGACCUGCAGAAGACCAGGAAACAAAAAGAUAAGACAGAAUUGCAGCCAAAUGGUGAAAACGAUCAUGUCCUUGCAAAAGACAAAGAAGAAUCUAUGGAAACUGAUGUAAAAACCUUUAAAACUCCCAACAAGGAACAAAAAAGCUCCGAACUUGUUUUGGAUUGCCAGACUACCUCCAGUCCUCAAAUUCUGUGCAGACUGCCAUGCAUCUUUAUCAACCAACUUUCAAGGAAAGACAAAGAUCUACUUGAGGAAAAAUUAAGAAACAAUAAUUUGGAGAGGGAACAGGAACAGAUUGAUCGUAUUGUUAGAGAAUCAGGAGGAAAGUUAACAAGACGACUUGCAAACAGUCAGUGUGAGUUUGAAAGAAGAAAACCAGAUGGUACAACAACCCUGGGACUUCUUAAUCCAGUUGACCCUAAUGCAGGAGAACCAGGUUACUGCACUGUAAAGCUGGGUAUGACAGCUGGAAGACUUCAGUCAGGAGUUAAUACUUUACAAGGAUUCAAAGAAGACAAAAGGAACAAAGUUACUCCAGUGGCAUACUUGAAUUAUGGACCCUACAGUUCAUAUGCUCCAACCUAUGACUCCACAUUUGCAAAUAUCAGCAAAGAAGAUUCUGAUUUAAUCUACUCAACAUAUGGGGAAGAUUCUAAUCAAGUAUAUUCCACUAUUCAUGAGUUUAUGACCAAGUCUCAGGACUACCCGUUUGUAAUGGCUGAUAGUUUGCUGGAUGUAUUGACCAAAGGAGGACAUUCUAGAUCUCUGAGAGAGCUAGAAAAGCCAGUGGAUGAAGUUGAAAGCCAGCAUGAAAGAAGCGAUUCUAUAAAGGAUGUGGAGAUAAUGGAAACAGAAGCUGCUAGCAGGAUGGACUCUGCUAAUGACAGACUUACCACACUGAAAGAUGUAACAAAUUUUGGAAUGCCUGUAGAAGAAUUUGACUCUGAAGAAGCUGAACUCUUCCAGAGGAAACUUGAUGAAACAACGAAGUUACUCAGAGAGCUCCAGGAUGCUCAGAAUGAACGACUAAGUACAAAACCGCCUCCUAAUAUGAUUUGUCUUUUGGGUCCAUCUUACAAAGAGAUGCACCUUGCCGAAAGAGUAACAAAUAACCUAAAAGAACUUGCACAACAAGUGACUCCUGGUGAUAUUGUAAGCACAUACGGCAUUAGGAAAGCAAUGGGAAUUUCCAUUCCUUCACUUGACACAGAAGACAACUGUGUAAAUCUAACAGAUGGUUUUCAGGAACCAAAAAAGACUGUUCCUGUUACUGGGAAUGAAUGUGAUCCAGUUGCAGUUUGAAACUUCAGUUUUAUGUCUUUAUAUUUUUAUUUGGUUCUAUUUAAGAACUAAAACUUCAGGGUGGAUUUACUGAACAUUUGUACAAUGUGCAUUAAUGGAAAUGUUUUGUCUUAAACUUUUAAACUCAUUAAACUAUAUCAGAAGUUCA